ACGCCCAUCUGAGGACACCGCCUGAGGAGUGACGUAAUUUCUACCGACGCGGCCGCUCAUGUGCGCAUGCGCAGUGUCACAUCCACAGAGGACAUCUUGGAAUUAAAGGGGCGCCUAGCGAAUCCUGACAAAAGCGACGAUUCCAGGACGCUGGUCUGCUGGAUCAUGUCCACGAUGCUGUCUCCUCGUGAUGAGAAGCUGGAGAAGCUGUCGCAGGAGGAGAUCAUCUCCAACACCAAGCUGGUGAUCCAGGGUCUGGAGGCGCUGAAGAACGAGCACAACUCCAUCCUGCACAGCCUCCUGGAGACCAUCAAGUGCCUGAAGAAGGACGAGGAGGCCAGCGUGGUUCACGAGAAGUCCAGUCUGCUCCGGAGAUCUGUGGAGAUGAUCGAGCUGGGGCUGGGCGAGGCUCAGGUGAUGAUGGCUCUGUCCAAUCAUCUGAACGCGGUGGAGUCGGAGAAGCAGAAGCUGCGUGCUCAGGUGAGGCGUCUCUGUCAGGAGAACCAGUGGCUGCGAGACGAGCUGGCAAACACACAGCAGAAGCUGCAGAAGAGCGAGCAGAGCGUGGCACAGCUGGAGGAGGAGAAGAAACACCUGGAGUUCAUGAACCAGCUCAAGAAGUACGACGAGGACGUGUCUCCUUCGGAGGAGAAGGACGGUGAGCCGCCCAAGGACUCUCUGGACGAUCUCUUUCCUAACGAUGAGGAGGAACACACUCAGGGAAUGCAGCACCAGCACAACAGUGCGGCGGUGGCGGCGGCGCAGCAGGGCGGCUACGAGAUCCCGGCGCGGCUGCGGACGCUUCAUAACCUGGUGAUCCAGUACGCGUCUCAGGGCCGCUACGAGGUGGCCGUGCCGCUCUGCAAACAGGCUCUGGAGGAUCUGGAGAAAACAUCUGGACACGACCACCCCGACGUGGCCACCAUGCUCAACAUCCUGGCACUCGUGUACAGGGAUCAGAAUAAAUAUAAAGAGGCGGCUCACCUGCUGAACGACGCUCUCUCCAUCAGAGAGAAAACUCUGGGCAAAGACCAUCCUGCUGUUGCAGCCACUCUCAAUAAUCUGGCAGUGCUGUACGGGAAGAGAGGCAAGUAUAAGGAGGCCGAGCCGCUGUGUAAACGAGCGCUGGAGAUCCGAGAGAAGGUGCUGGGGAAGGAUCAUCCUGACGUGGCGAAGCAGCUGAAUAACCUGGCCCUGUUGUGUCAGAAUCAGGGGAAGUAUGAGGAGGUGGAGUAUUAUUACUGCAGAGCGCUGGAGAUCUACGAGCAUCGGCUCGGCCCGGACGACCCCAACGUGGCCAAAACCAAGAACAACCUGGCCUCCUGCUUCCUCAAACAAGGCAAAUACAAAGAAGCCGAGGUCCUGUACAAAGAGAUUCUGACCCGCGCUCACGAGAAGGACUUCGGAUCUGUGGAUGCUGAAAACAAGCCCAUCUGGAUGCAUGCGGAAGAGAGAGAGGAGAUGAGCAAGGGGAAACACAGAGACAACACGCCGUACGGUGAAUACGGAGGGUGGUACAAAGCCUGUAAAGUCAACAGCCCGACGGUCAACACCACGCUGAGGAACCUGGGAGCUCUGUACCGCAGACAGGGCAAGAUGGAGGCAGCGGAGACACUGGAGGAGUGUGCCACCAGAUCACGCAAACAGGGUGUGGAUCUGGUCCAUCAGACACGUGUGGUGGAGCUCCUGAAGGAGGACGGCCGGCGCAGCAGAGACAGUGUGUCCACUGUGAAGUACGAGAGCGGCUCUGAGGCCGGUGAUGAAGUGAGUAUGGCCAUAGAGUGGAGCGGGGAUAGCAGUGGUGUUCUGCAGCGCAGUGGUUCUAUCGGUCGUCUCAGAGAUGUUCUGCGCAGGAGCAGUGAGAUGCUGGUGAAGAAACUCCAGGGAAACGCUCCUCCAGACACACUCAAAAUGAAACGAGCUGCUUCACUCAACUUCCUGAACAAGACGGGAGACGAGUCCUUCCAGAAUCUGUCCGGCCGGCUCCGAGACACUCGAGGCUUGAGCUCCAGUAACGUGGAUCUGUACAGCGGGAGUUAAACCAGAGCACCACGUACCACUGCACUCGUCUCUCACACACACACACACACACACACACAGUCUGACCCGAGUGGCCGCUGUUACACUAUAAAGUCAUAUAAUAAGCCCUGGUCAGGGAGCACAUUAGUGAUCAGGAGUAGAUGCUGUCUGCUGGUGGAAGGGAACUGCUUCUCUUUAGUUACACUACAUAUGAACUGUGUUUACAUGGAUGCUGUUAGAGAUUGAUCAUUCACAGAGCUGGAGCGUCUGCUCGUCUUCAGAGCUCACACACACACACACACACACACACACAAAGUCUGUGGUGUUUCUGUUUUAAUGCUGAGACUGAUGCUGCGUCUAAAGGUCAAUAUUAUCAUGAAUAUUCAGCUCUCUGUAUAAUGUGCAGAUCUCAGAGUAUAUCUACAGAAACCUCAGAUCUGGGUCAGAAUCUGUGAGUGCUCAGGUCACAGCUCUGAACUCUGACCUCUGUUACGUUCAGUCAUCUCUUCCUGUUACUUUACACAGACCCCGCUUCAUUCACUGCAUGCACACCAUAGUGCAGUCUUUACAGUCUACUUUAAUAAUACUAAUCAUGGUAUCAGGGUUUACAUAUAUAUAUAUAUAUAUUUUUUUUUUGGAGUAAAUGGGUUAUUGGAUAAAUAUUAUGUGUAUAUCUGUUCAUUCCAGUUCAUUUGUUGAAUGAAUGUUUCCAGUC